GAAUUGAGGAGAGGACAUAUAAGAAUGUGAAAAAAACACCAAAAACACGAUUUUCAUUGGGGUGAGUCUUUCAGGUCAUCACAACAUCACUUUAGAAAUUAAAAAGGUGACCACAUAAACAAAACGUUUUUGUUGUUAUUAUUUCAUUCAGUAAGUUAUAAAGAAAACAUGACUACUACAUAACUAUCUGGGCAGAUAAAAAGACAGUAAACUGUGGUAUCUGUCCAGUUGAUCACUCUGAAUUAGAUAACACAUACGCGCGCGCGCACACAUACACACGCAAAAAUGUCUUUUGACUGUCCUGCCAAAAAGGAGGGUGGGGUUUGGAGCCUCCUUUUCCUAACCAAGUUCUGGACACUCCGCCUUUUUGGCCAGGGUGAUCGAGUUUCCGUUACCGAAUUCCUGGAACAGGCAUUCACCGGUGGGACAGAACAGACCGCCGGACCUCCAGCCUCGUAAUCGAGUCAGGAAAAGUCAAACCGCCGAAAAUGCUGACGCAGGGAAAGUUGACUGCUGCCACGUCGAGAACGCUGACUUCAUGUGUGAACAUCUGGGACGUUCUUGUGAAGGCGGAGAAGCGCAACAGUUAGGUUGACUCAUGCUGUUUGAACACGGCUGGACGAGGUUUGAUGGCCGCGGCUUCCAUCUAUUUCCGCUCGGGAUUGACUCACUGGCAGACAGGAGCACACUCAUCCACAGCUGUCCACACAGCCCGGGGUCUGGAGCCGCCGCCGGGGUGAUCCAGCCCCUGUCAGGUGAAAGGCGUGGUUCUGGGCGGGUAAACUUUGUUCCAGCUUCACCUGAGCGAGAGAUCCAGUGACUUGAGAUUGAGCGUCUUUUUGGAGAACUCCCGCGAACACAUCUCCAUCGAACGGACCCAUGUCUGAAGUGUCUUUUUUCACGCGGACAUUGUGUGGACCGUAAUGACUUGAUUGGACCGGACCAAAUUGUUUGAGGAUCGAUUUGGGAUUAUGGCGCUGUCUCAGAUCCAGUGUCUGGACGAUCACCACGUCAACUGGCGCGUGAGCGAGGGCAAGCCCGAGUUUUUCUACAGCGAAGACCAACGGCUGGCGCUCGAGGCGCUCAUCAGCUCGGGCCAUGAUGCGUUCACGGACUACAUCAACAAGCACAGUAUUCGGGAGUUCCUCUCGGAGCUGGAGUUGGAGCGCAUUGUUCGCACAGCGGAGGCCUACCGGCCGGGGCACGAACAACACCAAAAAUCGGAGCUGUUGGGACCGGGAAACGGCCCCCCAGGACCCACCGAGGUAGGAGCCGAAGACGGGGAGGUGUCGCUGGAGUAUUGGCCGGACCGGUCUGAGGCCUCGGUGGUUGAGCUGGACCUGGGGUGGCCAGACGCCAUCUCAUACCGGGGGGUCACGCGCGUGACCGUGCACACACAGCCUCCCAUCGACGGGCAGACGCACAUCAAGGAGGUGGUGCGCAAGAGCAUCGCAUCAGCCCAGAAGGUGAUAGCUGUGGUGAUGGACGUGUUCACAGACGUGGAUAUCUUUCGGGACCUGCUGGACGCAUCCUACAAACGGCGAAUUCCAGUGUACAUAAUCAUCGACGUCGCUGCGGUCCCCGGCUUUCUUUCCAUGUGUGGCAGAGCCAGUAUGCACCGCGGCCACCUAAAAAACCUGCGUGUGCGCUGCUGCGGAGGUGUGGAGUUCUUUGCAAGAUCAGCACAGAAGGUGCAUGGAUCUCUGAACCAGAAGUUUCUCCUGACAGAUGGAGACAGAGCCAUUUCUGGUUCAUACAGUUUCACUUGGUCCUCGUCCCGUUUGGACCGUAAUCUCAUCACGGUGAUCUCUGGCCAGGCAGUGGAGGCCUUUGAUAUCCAAUUCCGUGACCUUUACCUCAUGUCCAGAAGCGUUUCGCUCAGUAAGGUUCCCAUGGCAGAUGAACCGACCCCUGACCCGGUUCCCCAGGCAGCACCACCUCCUGUUUCUGCUGCUGUUGCAAGAAAACUUAUUAACCCCAAGUAUGCUCUUGUCGCCUCGGGCACGAGCCCCACUUCCUCUGAUCAGAACUCCAGCAACAAAAACUCAAACUCACAGAAUCCCACUGGGCUAAAAGUGAAUAAGGGACGUCUGAAGGAUGUUGUGAAAGAACCGCCCUUACAUCCUGGCUUAGCCCAUCUGGAGAAAGCGUAUUUGAUCCCGUACCUGCCCACCUGGCCAGAGCCGGAUCCUCCAAGCGACGUGAUUGGCUUCAUCAACAUCAGAGAUGAAAAGAGGGCCAAUCAAGUUCACUUGCAGAGGUCGGAGCGGUUUGAGGUCAGUCAGGCUAUCCGCUUUAGCUCACCACUGACUCCACAAAGCCACACUGUGGAAUCUGCUACAAGUCAGCCUGCAGCAGAGGCUCCAAAACCUAAGGAGCAGACUGGAAAUGCAAGCCCAGAAGCCUCAAACCCCACAACUUUAACCAAUCAACCGCUCAGUCCGCACGCAGCUAAGAACACAGACAGUAUUGAUGCAACAGAUUCCCUUCAAACAUCUCACACCGCUCCAAUCCAGGCAGCCCAAAAAACAGAUGCACCCCUCCCCUCAUCCCCAUCCAAAGUUACUGCUGAAGCACAGACUGCUGACAGUGCUCAACAAAUUUCUGAAGCACAAACUGCUGCUCCCCCCGUUCCGAAACGCCGUACGCUCCAGCUAGUCAUAGAUCCCAAUUCUUCUGAGCAUCCUAGUGAAGCUGAGGUCACCUUAGUUAAAAUGGACUCCAAGGAAAGCCUAAAAACAGAGCGUGCCUCAAAAGAGCGGACUCCUGGCCGCCUUCGCCUCACCUCCAGAGACGAUGACUCCGGCAGCAACGAGGAGGGCAGCCAGGACAGUACCAAAGUCAUGUGUGACCGAGCAGCCAACGAAGAGCCCUCCAGUGCCUCCACGGCGUCAGAGGAGGACUUCUCUGACUGCUCCCAGCAGCAGCAACACGACCCUCUGACCAACGGAGUGCACCAGGGAUCCAGCCGGGGCAACCAUCAAGGGGAUGGGCUCAACAUAAUGGCCCGUUUCUCUCAAAGCAUGCUGGACCUGAGGGAGCCCAGCCAAUCGGACGACGGCGUUUCCCUGAUUCAUCAGUCCCAGCAGCUGUGCAGGAUGGGACACCCCUCCCCACACAGAAACAUUGGAGAGCUGUUCCAGACCUCCAGAUCUCCAGGUCGUGACGCCAGACUCAAAGGACCCAAAGUAAUCAUAGCUAAGCCUGGAAGUUUCCAUCGUCCCAGUCGAGCAGCUGUGCCCGUGAUUGGAGGCUACCGUUACUGGCAAGGCCAGACGGGGCAGUCCGAUUCGAACCACCUGCGAGUGGAGGGCCGGUCCGGGCGCUCCCCACGCCGACACAGCCCAGGCUACAGGAAGGCGGAACGCACAUCGCAGGACCCUGACGCAGAGCCGUCAGGCUUUUUCGGAGUGUCUCUCUCAAAACUUGGCAACUUCAGAAACUUGAGAGCUCGGGGAGGAGCCUCUCAGAAAAAGGUUUCCCAGAAUAAUAAAGCUGUCAGGUAGAACUGCCAGCGAGGAGAAGAUCUUUCUAACUUCUAGACUCUCACAUUCAAAAACUAUUUAUAAUCAUGGAUUUUAGACUGUGCGAAAUACUGACAUAUCAGUUCAGUUUGUGUUUACAAAUAACUGGUUGACAAGGAACUGCUUGACAGGAAAAGGCUCCUAUAAUCCGAAUUAUCAGAUAUUGUUCUAUAUUUGAUGAGUUCUGGUUAUUCUUUUCUACCGACUCAAACACUAGUCCUUUCAACUUUAUGUACAACAAAUGUGUGUAGUUUACUUCAAUGGAUUUCUUCCUCUUCUUUCUAUUGUGACAGUAGCAUCUGUCCAGCAGACUCAGAUAAAAAUACAUGUGAGUUUUGUAAAGUAGUGUUUUAUCUAAUCCAGCUUUGUUACUGAAGGCAAAGAGAUGAGUUUACUAAUGCAGAGAGGAUUGUACUAGGAUUUCUAUUGCAUUCCAUUAUUAGGGAGUACUUUUAAAAACUGUUUCAAAUGUAGGAAUGUUUGACAUUAAUCAUUGUCACAGAACAAAAAGUGAAUGUUUUAAUAAAAUUACAGACUGUCAUGGA